UUAGAUGCUUGACACUCACUCUGCUGAUCAGCUUACUUUUCUUCUCUUGUAAAGAUAGUUCAAGGUGCAACUUUUCCUAGUGUAAGGCACAUUUUUUUUUUUCAUUUUAGAUACGCAAAUAAUAGCCAUCACAAGGUUGAGCUUUUGAAGAUGGCCAACACAGGUUUACAGAUAUUAGGAUUUGCGUUGGCUAGUUUAGGCUGGAUUGGGUUUAUCGUCUGCACAGCUAUUCCUCAAUGGAAAAUGUCAUCUUUCGCUGGAGAUGCCAUCAUCACAGCCCAGGCCACCUACGAAGGACUCUGGAUGUCAUGUGUUAUGCAGAGCACGGGACAGAUGCAGUGCAAGACCUUUGACUCAUUACUGAAAUUAGACACUACCAUGCAGGCCACACGAGCACUGAUGAUCUGUGGGAUUCUUGCUGGUUUCUUCGCAAUUUGCAUUGGUGCAGUGGGGAUGAAAUGCUUGACGUGUAUGCAAGAUGAUGAAGUGAAAAAGGCUAAGGUUGGCAUAGUAGGAGGCAUUCUCUUCAUUAUUGCCGGUCUCUGUGUAUUGAUCGCAACAUCCUGGUAUGGAAACAAAAUAGCAAGGGAUUUCUACAAUGCAUUCACACCCAGCAAUUCCAAGUAUGAGUUUGGCCCAGCUCUCUUUAUUGGGUGGGCUGGCGCAGCAAUGGCUAUUUUGGGGGGUGCCAUGUUGUGCUGCUCCUGCCCCAGAAAUGAGACAUCCUACCCACCACCCAGAAGCUAUAACAAGAAUGCACCUUCUACAGGGAAAGACUACGUGUAAAAGAAUACCAGAGGAAAACAGAGCAAAAUCACUGCCAUUCAGACUCUUUACUAUUUGCCACAGUAAAAAUGGUCCUCAGACCCAUUUAUUUCUUUCUACAGCAAAACAGGGAUCCGGUAAAACCUUUUGAUGUGGCAGUAGUACUAAUUCCCUCUAGCAAGAAACCAAACCAAUGUCAGUGAUAUGUUUAAACAGGUGGCCAUGGUGAAAGGUCUAAAAUAUGCUGUUAAAUGAAACAAUUGUAAACAGGAAAUAAAUUUGUAUCUGUUCCUAUGCGUAAGUGUUUGCAUACAUAUAGAAAGUUAAAACUCAAUACACACUGUGAACAAGGUCAAGAAUCAGAGAAAAACAUGCAUGUUUCCAAAUAUAUAUAUAUAAGUAUACAUAUAUAUAUAAACAGUAAAUUCUUGAAAGGAAGAACCCCUCUUAACAAAGGAUAAAGAGUACAGCGUUAAAUAAACAGAAUUCAGAGCAAUGGUUUACAAGGAGAAAAACUGGAUGCCUAACAUUUGAGAAAUUCAUUUGUUUUGUAACCUAAAUGCCAAAGUAACAGGCUGUGUACUUGUUAAAACUGAAGAGCUUUAGUUGAAAUAUUGAUGUCACAUUAUAAAGUAUUUAGUGCGUAAAUGUUAAAAAGUGUGUGAAUGUUAACCGAAUGUUAACUAAGCUGGCAAACACUUAAAAUGGUCAGCAGGUCCGAGCCGCCACAACAUAUUAUAAAUCUCUUCCAUUCUUCUGAUUUUUAUACUAAAACAGGAAAUCCUUUAAAAACUGAACCGCUGUUCUGUUGCAUGGGAGUGAUAAAAUGAAACAAAGAAUAUUUUCACAGAGUUAAAUUAUUAACAUAGAGAUGAAGCAGAAUGCAUUGGUCAUUUUUAUUUAAAUUAAAACUAGAAUUGUUUCCUUGUAUAGCCAGACAUUCAAUAAUUACAUAUCUUCAAAAGCCAUUGAUUUAAUUUGUUUGUUAAAGAGUGAAGUACAGCUUACUUUACAUUGAUGGAGCAUUUAUUGACCGUAGAUGUUUGCUUGUAGCAUAGGGUAUCAAGUAAAAACUAUUAUUCCCUAAUCCAGAGGUUCCAAAUCCUGACCUCAAGGCACCUUCACAGGUGCGACUUUUUAGCUUUCUAUUCUUAUAAGAAUGCUGACAAAAACCCAGACUGCUAAUUUCCCUUGAAGAUUAAGAAUAAAAUACUAAAUAGUAGCUAGUGACGAGUCACAAUAAGCUUUAAAAAAUGAGCUAAAGUGACCAAGUUAGAAAAACAAAUCCAACCCAAUUGCAUUUUAGAUUGUUUCUAGAUUUUGCACACUUAACUUUUUAUGUUGGUUGUUCAUGCAAAAUCUCUCUCUGUUUAGUGAAUAACCCCAAGUAUUUUAUAAGUUGAAAUGUCAUUACAGGCACACAAGGCUGUAAAUAAUAAGAGGGUUUGCAAAAACAAAAUAACGAUACAGUAUAACAAGUACAUUAUGUUCCCUUUUCAAUUUGUUUAUCUUUCUGCUCAUUACAAUGUAAAUUGAUAUAUUUUGCCGUUCUGUAUAUGCAUUCAUUUUAGCUGAUGAAUAUGGUGUGUAUCCCAAUAUAUCAUUGUGCAUUGAACCAGUUUGUAUGGAUUUUUUUUACAGAUACUUUUCAAUAAAUACGGUUUUUACAAAAAUCA